AUGGAAGAACCGCGAACAUCCAUUGUCUUCCAAGCACAAGAAGAAAUGACAGGUCAACGUCAUUCAGAAGUGGCAGACGAAGAGCGCCGCCUGCACAUCCUUCACAGUAUAGCCAAACUGGAGGGAAAUUCAAAGCCGUUAGUGGCUCAGACAUCGCCGAUCAAGAAAGUCAACCCUCCCCGCCAACCAGGGCUAAAUCGAUGCAAAAUACAAUCAAAUCCCCAUCCGUUUCCGCUGGCUCCCUAUCCAACUGGCCUUCAGAGUUUCGCACCUACUCUUCCGGUCCCUUACUUUUGUUACCCCCCAUUCGCCCCUAACAACGUGGCAAUCAUGCCGUCUUCCAUGAUGACUUAUCCGAUUUACCUGCCGAUGACCUCUGGGCCUCUAGUCUCGAAACAUUCAACUGCUCCCUCCCCGGAACUCCGUAAAGAUUCAAGCUUCCCAAGAACCAAACCAACCAGUACUCUACCCGCUACUCCAAGGCAAUUGGCCUCAAAUAAUGAAACUAUGAAGACUCCCGAAAGAUCUAGUCGAGCUCAGUCGUCUAUGCCAUCUCUUGAAAGCACUCCAGAGUCCAUUCUGCAGACACCAUCCCCCAUAAAUAGUUACAACCCAGCGUCGAAACAACAAAUCCAAUACCAACAGCGGUUUAGCGCAGAACCUUUAGAAACCUGUCGGCCUCGCCAUUCCCACUGUCUUCAAAGUCACACGCCAUCUAGAGAUGAUAAAAUGAGGACGCGAGCUCCGAUCGAGCGCCGAAGCUGCCACAAUGCCUCAGAUAAGAAAAUCACCGAUAAUUACGAAAACUUGAUCAAAUCUGGCAAUUAUGGAUUGCAACUCGAAUCCAAAAAAACCGGAGUGAAGCUGGCCGAGAAGAAAAGGUUGACGAUCAACGAGUUGAAGUUCUUAGAAGUUCUGCCACCUCUACCCCCUCGCCCCGAACUUCAAAGAUCUUCAUUAUCAUCGUCAUCUAAUCUCUCCUUCGCGCCUAAGUCAAAAAAGAAGCAAGACAAAUUUGCUUGGUUUGAUUAUUGUAAGCCUUCGAAGCUCUCUGAUCAACUCACAUGUGUGCUCUUUCUCGACAUCGUCUUUUGCUCAGGCCUCGACCAAGGAUGA